AUGGCACAAUCCAUUCCACGUACUUUGUCUUACUCGGAACUCUUGAAGAUCAUUCAAACUUUCCAAAGCGAUAUCGACCAUCUAAACACACCUCAUAUCAAACCUGAAGACCGAAUCUUACCUUGUCUUAUCCUGUACAUGUGCUUCUCGGAGGCCAUCAUGUUGGAAAUCGAGGCCCGCGGCAUUUGGGAUAAGAACGAAAUUCAUACCUGGCGAAGGGAACUUGAGACAAAUGGCUUUGUUCUUGAUCAGAUCAUAAAAAUUUCUCAAUUUGUAGACGUCGAUAUGCCGCUUGUCCACUUUCUUCCUCCUCCUGGAUCAGAAGAAUGGUGGGGUCUCUAUAUUUUUUCACGUCUAUUGGUACAGUGUUCUCGUGUAUACAUUCCAGAACCCCGAGACAAUGGAGGAAAAAAACCUGACUGUCCGAUCUGUGGUGAAGAUUUUAUGGCGGGCGAACGUUAUGUUCAAUUACCUUGUCAUCCUACCCAUUGGCUACACGAAACAUGCCUGACAGAUUUUGCAGCACAUACUCUGGAAAUUUCCUGUCCGCUUGGUCGCUGUACUUUCUGGUUGUAA